AUGAACAAUAGCAGUAAACAGCUUCCUCUUUUCCGACGACGACACCAUGACAAUUCGCCUGCUCCCAAUGUUACAUCUUGGCUUCUCCAUCAUCGGAAACGACUUGCCUUGAUCAGUAUCGGCAUUCUUAUCUUUCUUUUCCUCGGCUCAACCACCAGCAACAGUUCCCGUUCUGCCGAUUCGCAAGGCUCUGAUUCGCAACGUGAGCCAACAUCCUAUCGCAUUGACUUGCCUGUUUGGCCUACCACACUCGACAAUGACAAUGAACAACAACAGAGUGCGUUUACACCUGGCAUGUUUAUGACAGACGCCCUCAGUCGUAAUAGCGAUUUGAAAGCAGUGACAGCUGUCAUCUAUCGCAUAUCACAAGAUCCAGACAAGGUUGUGCGUGUCGUGCAUCAUUUGUUACGAUAUCCAUUCAUUCGCGAGAUUUAUAUCCAUAAUCCGAUGACAAGGCAAAAGCUAACAGUGGAGCAACUUGCAUUGGAUAUCAAUAAGGCAUCACAUAUCAACAUUGAAAUCUUUGAUGAAAAGAACGAGCAUCUUGGAAGCUUUGCGAGGUUCACCACAUGCGCAAUGGCAUCGUUUGACACAUGCUUCAUGCAAGAUGAUACAUGGAUCAAUCCGAAUAUGGACACCUUAUACUUGAACAUGAUUCGAUUCCCAACCUUGAUUCACGCUCAUUCUCCACCUACUCUUUAUCUGGAUCAAGUUCGGCGACGCUUCCGUAACUCUGAGGUCUCGAUGCAUUCAGGUUAUGUCGAUCUUCAAUAUGGCACAUUUUUACCAAGGACCGAAGCGCAGACGUUCUUGACAAAGAUGGGUAAAUCGUCGCUUGGCAAGGACAGGAUCCGAUUGGCAGAUAUAUACUUUGCAUUAUGGACAAACCAGUAUCCCUGGAUUCUUGAAAAUCCUAUCCACUCUGCUGCUUCUACUGCUUUGGAUGAAUCAACAAUCACCCAACAACCAUCAACAGAAUGGUCAUCUCGUGUAUACUCAAAUAUCUUACAAGCUGCACGACGUAUGCAACGCACGCUGGAAGCGGAUUUAUCAGAUGCACCCAAAGACUUUUUCGAACGAUCAGAGGAAGUACCAACAUUGGAUGAACGUGAUGUGAGAGCAUCGUGCACCAAUGAUCGAUGCAUGUUUAUCACCAACAUGGACUUUAUCCCGGAUCCAAGUAACCUGACAUUCAAUCGCACUGAAGUGACCAGUAUCCCUGAUUGGGAAAAGACAUACGACACCAUUGGCAACAUACCCACCCACGAAUUCUUUGCUGAACAUGCGUAUCAUAUGGCUGUCGAUCAGGAUCCUAAUACUUGCUGGAAUACCUUUGAAAAACCCAAAAGGGGCGACUACUUUGGCUUGAUAUUAAUGGGAGACAUACGGCCGGAAUUAUUGCAAAUCUAUACAUGUAAUGAUAUUCAGCAUGCAGAGGGCUUGUUUGGUGUAGAGGUGUCCAAAGACGGCAAUGAAUGGGUCACGUGUAAAACCAAGUCUACGUCCGGUUGGCACCAUGUCCCACCACGGUUGCGUAUUGGUCUUGAAUGUGGACAAGAUGUUGACUCAAUACGGGCAAUCCGUAUCAUUUUCCGACAAGAUGGCCCGGAGCCGUUCAAUGUUUGUGGGCUUGGAUUAGAUUCCUUUGUUGUUUGA